AAUUGCGUCCGGAAGACAUGACUGAACAAGAACUUUUACUGUUAGGACAUUCUCAAGCUGAUUCACAAGGAGAAGGAUCACAGUCUGAAGGAAGUGAAGGAGAUAGUGAAAGUGGAAGUGAGAGUGGAUCAGAAGUUGAAGAAGAAGAAGAUCAAAGUGUUAUCGAUUCAGAGGAAGAGGAUGAUGAGGAGAUAGAAGGGAUCGAGUAUGAGAAGAUGCAUGUGGAUUCAGAUAAUGAAGAUUUAGGAGCAAUGGUCAAACGCAAGGUUGUUAAGAAUAACACGAAGGCAUUACAGAAAUUGUUAGAUCUUAUGAAAGAAAAAUCUAGUCUUCAAUUAGAUUUCUUUGAAACUCAAACGAUCCAAUCUACUUCGGCUACUCAAGUUCCAGACGUGAAUGAUGAUAUUGGAUUAGAAGUCGAAUUAUACAAACAAGCACUUCAAGGAGCAAAAGAAGCUUACCAAACUUUUCAAAAAUCAUCCAAAGAAUUCUUUAGACCCAAUGAUUAUUUUGCAGAAAUGAUUAAAUCAGAUGCACAUAUGGAAAAGAUUAGAUUGAAAUUAAUCAGUGAAAUGGAAAAUAUUAAAGCAUCAGAAGAUUCAAAGAAAAAGAGAGAUUUGAAGAAGUUUGGUAAAGCCAUUCAAGUUGAAAAGAAAUUAGAAAGAGAAAAGGAAUCUAAACGAGUUAAAGAAGGGGUUAAAGAAUUAAGAAAAAGUGAAGUUUUUUUUCCCUGUUGA